AAGCUAGCAGAUCUUCUUCCUAGGGCUCUCCGGCCAUAAGUUAACUUCUCUGCUUUUACCCAAAAUGGAAUCCUUUGGUCCUCUCCAAUUUCUCAAGGACAGGACCACUUUAAUCACUGUUGCCACUGGCUUUCUGGCAAAGAUUUUUGUGGAGAAGAUACUGAGGAUUCAACCAAAUGUGAAAAAGCUCUAUCUUCUCGUGAGAGCAGAAGAUACACAGUCAGCUACGAAACGUGUGCAAAAUGAGAUCGUAGAAAAGGAUCUGCUUAGGGUUGUAAGGGACACUUGCGGUGCCAAUCUGGAGUCCUUUAUAUCAGAAAAGGUGGUUUCUGUAGCUGGUGAUGUUUCUUUUCUCGAUCUGGGAGUAAAAGAUUCUCAAGUAAGGGGACAAAUGCUCAGAGAAAUAGAUUUAGUAGUCAAUUUCGCUGCAACAUCAAGCUUUGAUGAAAGCUUGUCUGCGCGGUGACAUAUCAGGAAUUAUCCCAGAAAAUCCAUUUUACAGCGGUGAAACUCUCGAAACUACAUGUGAAUUGGUCGUCAAUACAGAAAAACAAUUAAAUCGACUUCAAGCGGAAAAUGCUACUGAAAAAGAAACUAUCUCAACCAUGCAGGAUUUAGGCAUGAAAAGAUUCCAGCGGACAUGGUGGUAAACCAAAUGAUCGUAGCAAUGAUGGCAAAUGACAAACAGUCUUCUCAAAUUAUAUAUCAAGUUGGGUCAUCUAUGAGAAACCCCAUAAAUAUUUCGACUCUUCAAGAGUUUAUGAUCCGAUAUUUUACUAAACAUUCACUGAUCAACAAAAAUGGGAAGCCAGUUACAGCCCCACAAGUUUAAAAUAUUGAAGAAAUCAGCUAGUUUCCGCAUGAACAUGGCCAUUAGAUACGUGCUGCCACUGCAGGUACCGAAAUGGGCGAAUUCAAUGUUACGCCAAAGUACAAGGAAGUAUGUAUUGAUUCUGAUCGAAAAAUCAAAUUCAUGAUGCGAUUGGUGAAACUUUACAAACCCUUUAUAUUCUUUCGAGGCAUAUAUGUACAUAUGUAACCACUGCUCUGCUUAUGUUUUCUACUCUUAUUGAAUAAAUUCAAAAAUAGGAAGGCAAAUGCGCCAUUUGCUUGUUAUUGUACAGCUUUGAUGACACAAAUUCAGAGAAGUUGAGAAUGGC